AUUAUACCAUUAAAUAUACAUAUAAUAUAAGUUACAAUUAAACUAAGACCUAUAAGGAUAAGGCGAUGAAGGACGUUGCUUUGUCUGUGAGUUUCUUUGCUUGGUUUCUCCUAAAGUUUUCAUUAUGUGCUGUGGAAUUACCGGACACUGAAGAAGUCCAUCAAACAAUACAAGAUUCCUUUGCCUGUCGUAAAAACAAUCCAGCUUUAUCUGUGUCUAUUGUGAAGAAAGGGAAGAUUGUAUUUGCUGAUGGCUUUGGAGUGGAUUCUUUAGAUAGCAAGGAACCAGUCACUAAUACCACACUUUUUGGAAUAGCAUCAUUGACGAAGGGGUUUACAAGUGCACUCUUGGCAAAACUUACUGACCACAGUAGAGAGUACAGUUUGAAUAGCAGAGUAGCAGAGUUUUAUGGAAACCACCCGGUCUUUGAUGGCUAUCUUAGGUCUAAAUUCGCUACCAUUAGGGACCUUCUGUCGCACAGAAUGGGGAUACCAAUGCAUAACUUUAUACGAUUUGAUAGUACACUGAAUAGGAAAAAUCUAAUCAGACGUCUAAAGGAGCUAAAACCAAGAGGAAGAUUCAGGGACAGUUUUUACUACAGUAAUAUUAUGUAUGGACAAGCUGCAAGACUUGCUGAAAAAAUUGGCAAAGCAAAAUAUGAAGAUUUAGUUAAGAACCAUUUAUUUCAAAAACUGGGAAUGACAGAUUCCGACUUUUUCACUACUGCCAAUGAAAGUUUAAUUGACCUGGCCCAGGGUUACCUAGAUGUUUAUGGAGAGCUUCAUCCGGUCCCUUUUGAAUUGUCAAGGAGAUGGAGUGACUUAUGUGGCGCGAACUGUAUUCUCAGCAGCGCGAUAGACAUGGCAAAAUGGAUGAUGUUUCAUUUGAGUCAUGGCAAGAAUCAAGAUGGCCGUCGAGUAAUGUCCGAAGAUGCACUAGAAGAUACUCAUAGACCAGAGAAUGUGUUGGCCAGGUCGUCAUUGUCGAAAUAUUAUACGAAACCUAAUGUACCAGAAACAUUUAGUCAAACUGGAUAUGCUUUAGGAUGGAGAACAGGACAUUAUAGAGGUUACAACAUAUUAACACAUACUGGUUCAUCAUGGGGUUACAAGAAUAUGAUUACACUCUUUCCCGAUAUGGAUGUCGGAAUUUAUACUGCCAUGACAGGUGAUGACGAUGACUUCCUGUUCCGGUACAGUUUACACCAGUAUUUAGCAGAUACGUAUUUGGGUAUUACUCCAUGGUUGAAUUCCACCUUGAUAUGUUCCUUCCCAGACCCAUGGCUACCGGUCAAACCAAAGAGAAAUAAGCCAACUAUAAAAAAGAAUUUAAUGCCAAAGAGAAAAUUAGAUGAUUAUUUAGGAAUUUAUGCAAAUGACGCAUACGGGAAAAUUGAUGUGUUUAUACUUGAUGAAGUUAAUAAUACAAAUAAACUGAUCGCUGAAUAUGGCUAUACUGAUCUUAUCUUAUAUCCAAAAUCAAGUAAAGACGAUUUUUUCUUUGAAACUGAUGGAAUUGCAGCAAUGCUGAUAAACUUUGGCACAAUACAAUUUAAAUCUUCGAAUGGAAUUAUUGAUAAAAUGAGAAUUCCAAGCUUUGAACCGAAAGACCCUCCAAUAUUUAAAAGAAUAGACAAACCAGUUUCAAAUCCACCAGUUGUUCCAAAAGAUCCUAUUGUUCCAUCAGAACAGUUGUUUCAAAAAGACUCCAUCUCAUCUGGUUCCGAAGGAAAGGGAACUGAAACUUCAUUGUUGACCAAAACUCCGGUCUCGGAACCUCAAAACGUUCCACCAAAAUCUACAGAACCAGAGAAGACAACACGUCAGGGUAAAACUGACGCAUCUAAAGGACAGACAACAAACAAUGAAAUAACAAAAGGAGAGCCUGACCUUAUAAAUACUGAAACUAGGAAAACAAGAGUGGAAAACGUACCAGAUAAUCUAUCUGAAAAUCAACCCGACUUGUUUAAUACUGAAACAGUUUUACCUUCGAAAUCCGUAUCAACUGAUCAAGGAACCGAAAUAGGGGUAAAAAAUGUUAAUUCGGAUCUUCCGAAACCUGACCAAUCAGGACAAAUGAAUAAGGAUGCAAAAAAUACUGAAAAGAUGGAUAAUAAAAUACCGGUGAAAAGUGAAAGUUCUGUGGAUUCUAGCAACAUUCCUCUUAAAACGGUGAGAACAAAGGAAACAGUUCAAACAAGCACGAAAUCCAGACGUCAAAAGAAAAAACCUUCACCAUCAAUUAUACCAAAGAAAGCAGAAACGGUCUCAAAUCCUCCACCAUCAAACAUACAAAAGAAAGCAGAAACGGUCUCAAAGCCAAAACCAACAGUUGCAGAUCAAAACCCAUCAUCGCCUGCUUAGAUAAUACUGCAUGAGUUUAACAUUAAAAAAUUAAAUGAAAUAACGAUA